GCCAAACAGCGGGGCAGAAGUGAGGAAGUGAAGAUGACUGACUUUCAUUUCCCCCACGAAACUUUUUAUUUAUACUACACCUUGUAUAUCGGAAAGGGGAAGUAGCGACAACAGAGUCCGAAAGGGUCACGGGGACGGGGGAUGUGUCUGUGCCCGUUUUCAUUCUGAUCCGGCCCCGCACGACUAACAGGAUGGAGGCAGCUGAUGGGGAAGGUCUAAUGGGUGGUCAUGAUCAGUUUGCAGCACCUCCAAAUGGCAACAGGAAUGAACUGCUAAAUGUGGACCAAGAAGACAACAUGCAGGGCCAGGUGGAGGAGUUUUUGGGCCCACAGGCAGAUUACAAUGAGGAGGAGGAGGAGAAGAAGUACUAUCGAAGGAAGAGGCUGGGAGUGAUCAAGAAUGUUGUCGCUGCCAGUGUUGGAGCCAUGAUUGUGUACAGUGUGUACAUGGGCCUGCUGCAGAUGCAGUUGAUCCUCCAUUAUGAUACGACCUACCGUGAGGUGAAGUACAGCAACCUCGGCCUCCAGGACAUCGACCAAAAGAUGCUGAUGGGGAUCAAUGUCACACCAAUCGUAGGCCUCCUGUACACCCCUCUGCUCAUCAGGUUUCUAGGUACUAAGUGGAUGAUGUUCCUGGCUUCAGGGAUAUACGCUCUCUUUGUCUCUACCAACUACUGGGAACGUUACUACACCCUUGUUCCAUCGGCUAUAGCCAUCGGUGUGGCCAUCGUCCCCCUGUGGGCCUCCUUGGGAAAUUAUGUCACACGAAUGGCGCAGCAGUACUACGAGUACGUCAACUAUAAGGAAGAGCACGUGCAGGAGCAGAAGAAGCUUCCAAAGGGAGCGUGCCACAGCUAUGUCAUCGUCUUCCAGUCCGUCUUUAACAUCAUUUUCAAUCUGAGUUUUGUCUUUGCUGAGUUCCCCAUGGCCUUCGUCCUCAACAGCACGUACCUCCACGACCGCUCCCACAUCCUCGCCGAAGUGAAGAAAUGCGGUGCUGAAGUCACCGGAUUGAUCCCCGGCUUCAACACUACCGUGCUGAGAAAACUGCCCAGCUCCAUGCUGCUCAUCUACGUGGAGAGCGUCCUCAUGGGCUUCGCCUUCCUCGCCAUGAUCAUUUUCCUCGGGCUGUGUGGGCCCGCCUACCGCCCAACAGAAGAGAUCGACCUUCGCAGCAUUGGCUGGGGAAACAUCUUUCAGCUGCCUUUCAAACACCUGAGGGACUACCGCCUGCGACUGCUCUGCCCCUUCUUCAUCUACAGUGGAUUUGAGAUGCUGUUUGCGGUCUCUGGAUUCUCCCUGUCUUACGGUGUGUGCGCUUUGGGUCUGGAUAAAUUGUGGCUCCUGAUCAUCCUCUACGGCCUCUCUGCCUCCGUCUUUUCCUCCCUCAGCCUUUUGCUCUUACGGCUUCCACGCUGGGUGUGUCUCGCCAGUGGCGCUUUUGUGCAUGCGGUGCUGGUGGUGGUUCUCAUGGCAUUUUCUCCAAAGCCAAACCACCUGGAGUACGAGGGCUCGCUACUAGUGAUCGCUGUGCUGUGGGGACUCGGCACCGCCCUGAAUAAGACAGGCGUCAGCACCCUACUUGGAAUGCUGUACGCUGAGGAAAAAGAACGUCUGGACUUUGUCUACACCAUCUAUCACUGGUGGCAGGCCAUCGCCAUCUUUGUAGUCUACCUUUGGAAUGGUCUUCCUAUGAGGGCCAAACUUUCCAUACUGCUAGUCACUUUGUUGCUGGCUUGCUAUUGCUAUUGGGUGAUGGAGCGUCGCCUGGCCAAGAAGGUGCCAUUCAGACUGCCUCGCAUCCCUCGGCCACGACACAAGGUCAAAGGUUACCGCUACCUGGAAGAAGACAACUCUGACGAGUCCGACUCAGAGAAGAGCGGGGAGGAUGACAACGAAGAAGAUGAGCGGCAGGAAGAUGAAGAAGAUGUAGUGCAAAAUUUGGACAGGGAGGAAGGGGGCCAGGAUGGUUGGUAUCCGGUAGCUAACUCACCCAGAGCCAGGAGAAGAGGAGCUGAGGGCCACUAUCGUGGACAGGAGGAAGGCGGUGUGAACGAGAGGGAAGAGCGGGUGGGAAUGUGAGAGAGGACAAAAUGAAGGCUUCGAGUGAGAAUACAAGAGAAUCCUUCUGUUUUUCUUUUUACGUAUACCGUGGCUGACCAAAUGUGUCGAUAAGUGCAGAGAGCAUUUUAUUUGCUUCUGUGCUUCUUCCAGUAGAAUACGUUGUUUCUCAUUAAAAGAAAAAUCUGCACAGAAAGACUUAAAAGUGAGCAAGAAAAUGAAAUAAUUGAUUUUCUCAGUUUAAUCACAAAGUGAAUUACAUCUUCACUGAGACAUUUUCAAAGAGCCUGCAUGAUCCCGCCUGCUGUAAGCAACAUAAAAAGCCCCGUAUUUGUUAUUUUGACUCUCAUAAUUUUAGUCUUUCAUUUAAUAGCACACAUUUGUCAGAGAAUCAGGAAUCACGAGGUCCCGCCUCAAACUAAUCGAUGUGUCUGCUGUCAGAUGAAACCCUUGCAGAGGAUGAAAAUGAAUACAUGUUUAAUGAAGUGCAGCAUUCAACAGGUACGUAGGUCAGUCAUGCCUGGCCAAUCCCAGUAAGAGUCUGCAGCCAUGUAGUGCCUGUGCUUAGCAUCUUAUGAGCUAAAGGCUAACAUUAACAUUUUUAAGCCUGCCUCAACGUAAAGCAGCUGCUGGCUGGUCGCUAUAGUGGACAUGCCAGACAGUAGCUGCGUAGUUAAAGCUAAGAGUAAUUUAGCAUCUGUGACUUUUGCUCUGCUAAUGAUUAUUUUGCUUGUUAUUGUCACAAGUUUCUGAUUAGCAGAAGAGCACAAAGUCCAGAUGGGAGUGACUUAAAAUAAGAUGCCAAACAUACUGGCAUGAGCUGAGGGGUCAGAGGGUCAAAGGGUCAGAGGUGUCAGUCAGGCUGCUGCUAAUAUAGCUAAAAAGGGAAAAAAGUGUUUUGUAUAAGUCAGAACAAUAAAAGGGCCAGUUAUGCUUUUUUUGAACCUGCACACACAGAGCAUCACUUCUUCAUUAAAGUAUCAAAGGCUCUACCACACAGGUCUGACAGAAACCUUCCCUUCAUGAUGCAGUAACUGCUUUUCUGAGCUGAGUGAUUAUUUCUAAUGAUGGCUAAACUCCCAGACACGGCAGGCUGUUUAAAAAUGGACGGCCCUGCCUUGAGGGCACCCUUUGGUCCUUUUUAGAGUUCUGAGCUGAGCAUUAUAGCCAUCUAUAUACAUACAGUGGUUACAAACAAGCAGUAGAUGUGACUGAGAUACUGAGGAUACUAUAUUCAUAAGGUAGUGACUUGUCAGUCGAAAUGUCUCCACACCCUAAAGAUUACCCACAUUUAUUGUCUAUUUUAUUCUGAGGGGGACCAAAAUUUACCAGAUGAACAUCACGCUGUAUUAAAAAAAGACUUGAAACUAGAGAUUGAGCCCUUGAGGUUACCGGGGAGGUGUUUGCUGCGGUAACAAAUCAAGUGAGCACUACAGUCAGUCAGUUAGUUCAGCUGUAAAAAAAAAAAAAAAAACUGGACAACUUCUUGCAGCCAGAGGAGU